AUGACACCAUAUCGAUAACAACAAAUACUUUUUCAUUCUAUUAGUCUUCUGUGUAUUAGUUUAGUGUAUCUUAGCUUGUAAUUGAAAAUGCAGGAUGAAAAUGCAUACAGUAACAUGGAAAAUGUUGAAUUAGACCAUUUUUCCAGACAAGAAAAUAAUUUUACAGUUUAUUCCCGAAACGAACAGGAGAGUGCCAUAACUCAACAACCAACAAACAAUGAAGAUUAUCCUGGUUUUCGAAGACCCAUACCAGUUUCCAUUAUUGACGAAGACUACAGAAGAACUAUUGCUCCGUCAAGUGGUCUAGGUUUUCUUCUUGAUGUCAACCAGUUGAUCAUACAACAAACUAUUGAACUUGUAGAUUUAAUUUCCAAUGUUUCUUCAGAAAAUAGGUAUACAGUAAAAGUACCCAGAGGUGAUACAAUAUAUUACGCGACAGAAAGUUCAGCAAAUUGUCAUAGGACGUGUUUUGGAUCUGGCAGGGCAUUUAGCAUGAGAUUAUAUGACAAAACUCAGCAGGAAGCUCUCAUACUUGAACGACGAUUGGCAUGUGGAAACUGUACAUUUUGUUGUUAUCUUCAGAAAAUGGAAGUUUGGAUUCCACCCGGAGAAUUAAUAGGUACGAUAAGUCAAAAUAUGUCUUUGACUAUGAAAGCUAGUUUUAAUGUAUAUAAUAAGAAAAAUGAAAUAAUAUCAGUGAUAGAAGGUCCAAGUUCAUUUGCGUGUAUGUUCGGAAAAACACAAAAUUUUCAGAUUUACACCCCUGAUCGCUCAACUCAGGUAGGAAGUAUCAUUUAUCAAUGGGAUCAGGUACAAGUCUCUUACAACAUUCUAUUAAAAAUGAUGGGCAAUAUUACUGAAACAAAGCACAAAGCACUUUUAUUGGGAUGUGCGUUUUUGUUGGAGUACAUGUAUUUUGAGUAUUCCAAAAAGAAGACUGCUUGUAGGUGCAUAUGUUAAUAGUUUUAGGAAAUGUACUAAUAUUUUUUAUGAAAUAAAUUUAUAUUACAAGAA